GUGACCACCACGCUUGCUUGCUCAGGUAGGCAGUCAUGCCAGGCAGGCACGCACGUAGGUUGGUCAUGCGUGGACGCUUGCAAUACACGCCGCUCAUCCACUGAGUCCAUCCGCAGCCACAGCAACUCCCGUUGCACCAGUGGCCAAGCACAGCCCUUACCCUUUGCCCCGUUUUGUCGCAAACUGAUCGCCCUAUCACUUGCCGCCUGCCGAUCAUCGUACAUCUGUUUGAUCAGACCCGCGUCUUCGACGCAAGCAACACAGGAGAAACCAGUCCAGGCCGCGGCUCUCGUUCGCGAUCGACACGUAGCAGGAUCCCGAGGCCUCGCAGCAAUUGAAGCACACGAUGGAACCGCCUGUAUCUUCAAUUCGCUCCAAUGGCGACGGCAUGGACAGCCACCAUCCGCAGCGACAUCACAUGUAUGCAGUCGGCGGCGCUUCUUCAAGCGGCACCGGCGGCGUCAGUAGCAGUGGAGCAGGCUCCGGAUACUUCUCGAUCAGCGCAGGGCAGGGGCAUGGGUUGUCGCCGCGCUAUCGUAGCCUAUACAGCCAUGAGUACUAUCCGUACCCCAGUCCAGGUGGAAGUGUGAGCAGCGGCAGCACAGCAAGUGGCAGCGGCUACCUCUCCAGCGGGAAUUACGGCCAUCACCAUCAGCAGCACACCGCAUCGCAGAUGCAGCCACCGAGUGCUGCACACCACGAGCAUCAUCCUGUGCAGCAGCAGAGGAGCUACUCCGUCUCCUCCUCGAAUCUACCUGCUACUACGCCAGGAUUCGAUCCAUAUCUCCUAGCAGCAACUUCCGGCAGCAGCCCUGCCCUGUCGACAGUCGUCGCGACGCGAAGGAGCUUUGGCGAGUCGCCGCAGCUGCCACAUCAGCAUCAAGCCAGCCAUUAUCCCUCGAGCGGCAAGAUACAGACCGCCGUCGAGAGCCUCGGCUCGCACACAUCCGCGGAAGACGCGACGCCAGUGCACACUAGCCCCCUCCUCGGCAGCACCGAAACCAUCACCGCCGCCACCGCCGCUGCUAUGCAAGAUCGGCGCCCGUCGCUCGGCGCCCUCUCUGCAGCAGCAGCGGCCUCGCGCAACGGUACCGCCUGGAUGGCGGUACCAUUUAAGCAGAAGCACUCUCCGUUCCCGUUGCCGCUCAGCGAACGCGUCGCAGGUGGCGUUAGCUCGCUGGUGCACAAGAAAAGCGAGACGCUGCAGCAGAGUACCGUGGCCGGCGGCGGCGUAGCGGGCGAUGCCUCGGGUAAAAUGUUGAGGUACGACCCGGCAGACAACCUCGACUUCUUUGAAGAGGUCGAGGAUUCCUUGCAGGAUAGCAUCAAGGUCGACCUCGGCAAAACCCGAUGUUACUGGAACAUCCUCGCCCUGACCGACGACGACGACCUCAAAAUGGUCUACUGCGACCCGACCCUGCAGGAGCACCUUGGCUCCGAGCUGCCGCAGUUCCUUGGCACCUCUUUCUUCAACUACGUCCACGAGGAGGAGCUGGAGCAGUGCAAGGCCGACAUACGCCGGAGCAUCACCAACCGCACUCUCACAGGAGACCUCUCACGCGUCCGCUAUUGCCGCGUGCCCGAGAUUAGGCGACGCUUGGGGUGCAAGGCGCCACCAAUCGCGCCCAAUUCUGAUGCAUAUGUCUACGAUCAGAGCUAUGUGACCAUCGACAUUGUUAUCAAUUGGGUCGGGGAACGGUUAGCUUUGGCAUUCUAUCAUGCCAUCACGGAUCAAUCACCGCAGGACAACAGCAUAACGCAAAAGACCGAAUGGACCAAUUGGUGCGGCGCGCCGAAGAAGGUCUUCACGAUGAGGCAGUGUGACAUGCUUUGGAAGCAAGUCUCACGCUACGUGCCCAGGAGCCCGUCGCCCGGCUCUCCGCUUCGCUACGUCUUCCAGAUUCACCGAGCCGAGAACAACGGGGACAUUCUCUUUAGCUGGCCGCCGCCGCGCUUGUUCCCCAAGCCGGUCGACGAGAUGGCGCUGGCGCACUCGACCUUCACGACGUACUCGGACGGGUCGUACUUUGCUGACGACUUUGCCAAGAUGACCCAGGGUUUCCUACCAACGUUCGACCAGGCCGCGCGCAAUGCGGGCAGCGUCCCGCCCGAUCAGCCGCAGACGUCGUGCACGCGGCGCUACCGUUUGCAGCAUACGCUCACGAGUGAAGGGCUCACGCGCAAAGUGGAUGGCAUCGUCGUGCCGUACGGCAGCCUCGUGUUCACCUGCUCGCACAUUGUCAGCGAGGAGGCCAUGUCACGCUACCGCACCCGCAACGACGGCCUGACGUCCACGUCGACGAUCACAGCGUCGUAUGAUUUGGGCAACGGCAGCGCCGCCGAUAGGAAGUACACGGGGUCGCCCGGCAUCACGGCUGCGGCUCAGCUGCUGAUGGGCACCGCCGACCAGGCUGCACAGGCGGCGGCUGCGACAGGCGCGCAGCACAACCAGCAGGACUGGAACACGAGCAGCUACGGCGGCGGAGGAGGAGCAGCAGCAGCAGGGGGCGCGGCACCGCUCGAUUCGCUCGCGGACGCCAGCGAGAAGAGGGAGCGCCUCGAACAGGCAAUGCAAAGAAGCCAGGGGCAAGGCAGCGUCGCGACGCUCGCGGCAGUUGCCGCUGCCGCUGCAGCGCAGACGAAGAGCUGCACAAGCUGCGGGACGAGCAACAGUCCGGAAUGGCGCAAGGGCCCGACCGGCAAGAAGACUCUGUGUAAUGCCUGUGGCCUUCGUUUCGCGAGACAGAUGGCUCGACAGCGUCGAAAAGCAGAGGGGGCGGGUGGCGGUGGUGGUGGGGAUGCCUCUUCCAAGCUGUCGAAAGCGAAUGGUGGGAAAGGAGCCAAGGGCAAGGGCAAGGGCAAGGGCAAGGGAAAAGACCCCGGACCAGGGACAGGGGCGGCUGGAGCGUCCAGCACGAAGGCCAAGAAGCUGCGCGAUUUCGGGUCCAACCCGACCAGAGAUGAUGAGCCUGCGGUGCAUGCAUACGAUCCGCAGCAAUAUCAGCAGUUGGAAGGAGCGAAUGAAAUGCUACCGCAGAACGGGCACGCCGCAUAUCACUUGCCACCUCAGUCAAGUGUCCAUUCAGCGCAUUCGACAUUUUCAGCAUCACCUCAUUCACCACACCAACAGCAACAAGCAUGCCAUCCUCAAGGAUUAGGCGCGUACCCAUCGUGUCAGCAACCCCAGAACAAUCGCGCGCAAUUGUACGGCAGCACCAGCGAUGGUGACCACACUUAUUCUCACCCUCAUUCUCAUCCAACGCACCAUGAAAAUGAAUUUUCGCAGCCAGCAGACCAUCAACAUCUACGGCACUCACAACAGCAACAGCAGCCGUACGAUGCGUACUUUCCGUUCGGUGGGCACAGUGCACAAUAGUCUUAGAUUGCGGUGUGGGUUCUCUCUCUCUCUUCCUGUCAACAAUUCGAAAACCCAGCAGAAAGAACGCGUCAGCUCUCUCAUCGCGAAGCUCGUCUCCAGGUUUGUCUUUCGCUCUUAUGGUCUUCCAAGUGCUACGCCAAGGUUGUGCUACGCCAAGGUUGUGCCACGCAUGCAUGAAAUGUGCUAAGCAGUUGUGUCUCACUUUCUCUGCGUCGUAUCUAUUGCCCUCGAUUUUGCUUAUUUUCUGUAGUUGUAGCAUAUGUUCUUUGUCUUUGCCGCUCGGGGCUGUACAGGGAGGGACAUCGCACAUGAAUUUUGCAAGUAUGCCAAAAAGAACACAAA